AUGGUGAACUCACUCAUCAAAGUCCCUGAAAUUUCAACUAUUCCAGUUUGGGUAAACCUCAAAAAUGUCCCAGAUUGUUGCUACUCAAGAUUAGGCCUCAGUCACGUUGCAUCAGGACUUGUUGAGCCUAUGCAAACGCACAAACCUCGCCUUGAUCCGACUACUUUGGGAGACGCAAAGUUACUAGUUGAAGUAGAACUUGACAAGCCCUUUCCGAAGCAAAUUGCCUUGGAUGACAAACAAGGUAAUAUAUUUUUGGUGGAUGUUGAAUACACUUGGAUUCCGAGUAUGUGUGGCAGAUGUGGACAGUUAGGACAUAAAGAAAAGAGAUGCCUCCUGCCAGCUCCCCAAACGUGUGUAGAUACAUGCUUUACUGAGGAUAUGUCAAAUGGAGCACCAGAGAUUGAAACUGAAAGGGAACAAGCUCAGAUCAAUGUUGUAUCAGAUGAAAAGAUGGUACAAGUUGAAAACUCAGAAACGGAAACACAAGCUGGUGUUGAGCCAAAGGAUCAUUUAAUGCCACCAAGUUGCCCCCACACACUCUUCGGCUUUUUGUCUCUUCGGGUAGCUACUUCUCAAAAGGAUAGCUCUACUAUUUUCUGCCAUUCAUCUUCGGAUGCCAAAUCUACUUUAGCCUCUACACUAGCAUGUUCGUCAUCUGCUCACAAUUCUCUACAGAUUAUGGACGAUGUUCCAUCAGAUAUUAUCAUUAAUGAGGGUAUUACAUACUCAAGAAAUGAUCCUUUAACCAUGACCUUUCUUUCAACCAAGUCCAACCAAGAGGUUGGUGUUAUGGAAAGUGAUUUUCAUAUUACCGAGCAAAUGGAUGAAUUUGGAAGUGUGACAAGAAAGGGUAGGUUGAUCAAGCCUACACAAAAGUACCAAGGAGUGGAAUGGAUGACAGCGCGAGGAAGAGGGAAACGAGGUCGUAAGGGUCGAGGUUCCUAA